AUGUAACCAAUACGAACGAACUCUGCCUAUUUUCCUGCUCAAAGAAAGGAAUCAUCGCCAAUUUCUAGGAAAAUAUCUUUUCAACAAAUUAACAACAAGAAUUCCUUCAAAUCUUCUCAUCUCGAAACUUCAGAGUAGCCAUUGAAAAAAAAUAAUAUUAUUGAGUUACUUGGAUUGAAAGAGAAAUGUAUUUUCACAAUGCGCUAUUUUAGAAUUGAUUGCAUUGAAAGGCACGCAGUUUUAAUAAAAAGAAGUAGAAAAUAUGUUUAAGUCUCUAAAUAAAUAUGCUAUGAAGAUUUUGGACCAAAAUGGUUUAAGUGAGAUAUGUAUUCUCAUUCUGCAAUGGAUAAUCUAACAUCGGGAUUAUCAAGAUAUACCCACCUAAAUGUAAAAUAAUAACUAAAUUUGAAUUUAGAUGUUUGGCAUACAAUAAUUUGGGUUGUGUUUAUAGGAGGAUGAACCAAACACAAUUGGCAAUUAAUGCUUUUGAAAAUGCACUCUCAUUGAUCUAAUAAUAUGAUCAAUUAAAAAUGAAAACCAUUACUCAUUUGAAUAUCACAGCACUCCUGAGUCAAAUGAAUCUGUAUUAUUUUGAAAUUUAAUAUUCCUAAGGCAUGAAAAGGCUUUAAAGGAAGCAAAGAGUGCCAUCUAAUCAGCUUAAUAAGAAUUCGAUUCUAACUCUAACGAAACCAUUAGAUAUUUAGCUAUGGCUCAUUAUAACUAUGCCUUUGAAUUGGAAUCCUUGGAUCGCAUUAAAGAAGCAGUCAAAUAAUACAAGAGAUCUUUGUAGUUCGUUUUAGAACACCUGGGAAAUUAGGAUCCAUUAUUUAAAAAAAUUUAUAAUGGACAUUAGUAGGCCAAAUAAAAAUUAAUUGUUCACAUGAAUGAAUAAUCUCCAAUUCUCUUUAAAAAGGUCUUAUCUUUAAAAAAACAUUUUGAUGUCCCUACAGAUGAAAGCUUCUAACAAACAACACCCUAAUAAAGUCCACUUAGUCAAACCAGAAAGUUGGUAUAGAGAAAGAGAAUAAAUUUUAUCGAAAAUGAAACAGUCAAAAAAGAUCAUACUUCCUCCAUAUUGAGAAGAAAGACAGAUCAAGAAAGAAUGGAUACAAAUAGAGAUAAAGUGCAAGAUAUUAAGGCUAAAUUGUUGGCACUCAAUGUAAUAAGUUCUGCGAAACCAAAAUUGAAAACCUAGAUUGAAAAAAUUGAAAUAGAUUAAUGGUCAAAUUCAGAGCAGUCUGACUAGGAAAUUAAAUAAUAGAGAUCAACAGAGCGUUCUCCUUAUAAUAGAGGAUCCUUUCUACUAAAAAACAGUGCUAAGGAUCUUAGAUUAAGUUUUCUUAAUAAGUAGAGUCCUCAAAGGAUUUAUUUUGAUAAUUCAUUAAUCGAGAAGGAAAAAUAGAUUAUAAGAGAAGUAGAAGAGUAGAUUUACAAUACAGAUUAAAUAACUAAAAUAUAGGCUUUGAUUAGGAUGAAAAAGGAGAGGAAGAACUUUCACAAUCUUAAAAAAGCGUUUAAAGAUAAGGGAAAAUUACUAAAAUCUGAUGAAUUAAAAUUAAAGAAAUUACAGAGGUUUCUUAAAAAAAAAGUACUAGAAAUGAGAUUCAAAGAAAUUAAGGCAAAAUUAAUUCGAUAGAGCAGAUUAAAGUAAAACUAUCAAAAACAAUAAAAAGCCAUGUAAAAGAUUGUCACUUAUCUUUUAAAAUAUAAAGCUAGUCAAUAACGAAGACUCUAAAACUAUUUGAUUAAAGCAAAGUAGUUUCAAACUAUCAGAUAGGGUUUCUGUAAUCCUAUAAUAAAAGAAGGAAUUCAAACUGAAGAGUCAUAUGUAUUUACUUUUUCAAUUAUGAAUGACAACUCCUUUGUGAGAUUCGCAUUAGUGAAUGGAAUGAAAGAAAAAAGAAAGGAGAACUAUUUGUAUUUGGAAAUGGAUAUAGAAAGUUUUUAAAAAUCGUUAGGGUUAUUGUUCUAAUAUUGUGAGGAAUUGGAGAGUCUCAUCAUUGAAGAAAAUAAACUAUUAAGGAACAUCAGAAAUCUGAUGACUUUAAGUUAAUAGUUUCUAUAUUUAAAUGAAGUGGAUGGUAAAUAUAUCGUUAGGGCAAAGACGGAAACAAAUAAAUAAUUUAUAGUAUAAAUUGAAAAAAUAGGAGCUAUUUUAUAAGAAUUAGUCUUAAUUGAAAAUAAUAAAUUAAUAAUCUAAGGCAUAAAUAAUUUUGAUUAUACAGAUGUUGUACCAUAAUACGAACCAAUUAGGGUCAUGAAGCCUCCCUUAUAUAAUAAACUAUUAACCUAAUAUGAAGAAAAGGCAAUAAAAUAUAUAUAAUCAUUUGUAAGGGGGCAUUUAUAAAGAUUAAGAAUGUCAAAAUGGGUUAACAGUAAGACCAAAUAAAUAUAUGAAACUUAUUUGAUUAGGACAAAUAAGAAUUAAUAUCUGCAGAUAGUGAAGUCGAGAAAUAUUUAUAGUAAGGUGAACUAUCUCUAUAUCAUAAAUCAUGAAACUUAGGGUAAAUCAAAUGACCUAGAGAUCCAACAAGUUGUAUUUAAAUAAAUGGGAGAUAUUUGUAGUGAAAACAUAUUUGAAAUAUUUAACAUGGAUUUAGUUACACCGUAUAUUGAAUAUACCGAUGAAGCUUUGUAUUGGAUAAAUAGGGAGAGAGAGUACUCUCAAAGGUCAGCAAGGUUAUGGCAAUAAAUAACAAAGGCAAAGAUGUGUGUAAUCAUUAUAUAAAGAGCAGUUAUGAAAUAUUUGGUGAGAAGAAGAUGUUAGAUUAGAAAUGCAAUUGAAGGAAGGUUAGCAAAAGAUCCAUCUAAAGUGGUUGAAAGAAUGAUGUUGGCAAGAAGAGCAAUGAUUUAUGUUGGGGAGAAAGCAUGUUUGACUACAUGUUUUUUAGAUAUCGAGAAAACAGACCCGAAGUCAUCUGUGACAGGGAUGAGUGAAUAUUAAAGUAUAACUAUUACAUCUAAGCAUUUGGAACAUGCGUUUUCAAUUGAUAUUGUUUUACCAUAUUAUCAAAGAUUGUUUCAACCAAUGGAAAUAAGCGAGAUAACUUCAGUUGCAUAAAAAAUGAUAGAAUUCUCUUAAAUUAUUAAGAAUAAGAAAGGUUUUGACAAAGUCGACUGUAAAAGUGUAGAGCAGACUUACAAUUAAUUCAUAUCAUUAUAAAAUUCUGGUUAAUAGGAUGACAAUACCUAUCGAGAAAAUACAAUAGAAGCAAGAUAAAUUAUCAGUUCUACUUUAACUUAGAAGUAUUUAUAGUAAUCUACUAUUAUCAAUGUGGAAUUUCCACCAAUGGCGAUACGUCAUUAACUUGAAGAAUACAAGCAAAUGAAUUUUAUCAAAGUUCUCUAAUCUUUAUUCAGGCUUCACAAAUAUAGAACAAAUUUGAAAGGAAAGUAAAGCAAAUAUGUUGAGGAAUAUGAUGAAACAUCAAUAAAGACAUACGUUUUAAAUACGUUGCCUUGUACCGAAUAUGGAACCAAUCCUAAUUUAUUUUAUGAAACAUAGAUUGAUCAAAAUUCUAUUAGUGAAUUGAAAUCUGAAAACUCUCCUCAAUUCCAAAAAGAAUUUGUUGGAGAAUUAAUGGUAGAAUUAAAUGAGGUUAAAUUUAAAUUGCUAAUAUCAUAUUUAAUCAAUGAAUAGACUUUUAGCAUUUAGGCCGAGAAUUAAAUAACAAAAAAUUUGUCUCAGUUAUCUAUUCCAAUUACAUAGCUCUAAGAGUACUAUCAAAUACCUUAUGAAUAUUUUAAGGUAAACUUCAGUAAAUUAUUGUUGCCAUGCUUCAGUUAGAUUGAGGAUACAUUAAUCUUUAAUAUCGAUGAGAUCUAAAUGUAAUGCAUAAUUGAUGAUUAUCUGAAAUCAUAAAAAGAUAAAUCAUAUAAACUAGAGACGGAUUAAAUAAUAGCCAAAAAUGCAGAUUAGGCAUACAAGGCUUUACACAGUGAUAAAGUAGCUAUUGGAACUUAUUAAAAGGGUUCAACAGCAAUAAGUUUUGAGUUUCAAAGAAUGCCUAUGCUCUUAAGAAUUAUUCUAUUAUACUAAAAUGGUUCAGAAAAACGAGUUAUUGAAGUUGAUUCAAAUGAAUUUCAGUCCAAAUAUAUUAAUGAUAAUCUACAAAACCUAUCUAAUCUUAGAGUGAUUAACUUCUUCAAAGGAUUUGCGCAAGCACUUACAAAAGUCUUAAUAAUAAAUGAAAUAUAGUACACUCAUAAUUUUGAAGAGUUGAGGCCUGGUAUAUCCUUACUUUUGAGGGAAAAGUUUGUUUUAAAGAUUUAGGGUAUGCUAUUGGUUAAGAGGAUGGUAGAGAAAUUUAAAAUUUACAAACAAUUAAAACGUUCUAAGCUCUUUCUUUAAAAAUUCAUAUUAAAUCAUCAAUCAAAUUAUGUAGAAAUAGAUUACUUUUUAAUAAAACACAAUUAUCAUUUACAAUUGACAAUGAGGGAAUUGAGUUUUAUAACUCAUUAAGGGAGGGUUAUAGAGAAGGGUAAGAUUUCACUAAACAAAAGAAGAUUCAGAGAAAAAUAAUUUAUAAUUAAUUUAGUUGGUUUGUAGUAGGAUAAGGAGAACUUGUAUUAAUCUUUGCAUAAAAGAUAAGAUCAAAUAGAUUUCUAGAGAAUUGACUUCUCUUAGUUACAAUCUUAUGACAAGAUGAAAACAAUAGAAUAUUAUAGAGCAUUAAUAACUCCUUUGAUUUAAUUGAUUCAAAAGAACUUGCACAUCAAUUUCAUUAAAUUUUAAUUCGAACUUGAAAUUCCAAUCACAUUUACUGAAAAGAAUAUUUAGAGGAAAAGAAAAAGAAAAUUUUAGAAUGAAUCAAAAUAUCAAAUUGUUACGGUUUGUAUUCUAACAGCUUAGGCAGCCUUUAGAAGAAAGUUGUUUAAAAAUUGGAUACAUUUGAAAGUUCUAAGAAAUAGAUAAUUGUAAGAAAAAAAUAGGUACUUUACUGGUAAAUUUGUAAUGAGAACUUUUAAGUUAAUUUAAGAAGAUCAUAUUUAAAAUUAUUAUAUUGUGAAUGUGUACAAAUAAGAUGGAAAAAUUGAAGAUUAAAUCUAGCUGACUUUUGAAUUAAUUCCAGCAUAGAAAUAAAAUAGAUAGAAUAAACUAAAAACAACCUGCUUUUAUGAUACUUCUUAACUAAUAAGUUUUGGAUAGUAAAACUUAUAUGAGUUCUUCAUAAAUAAAAUUAAAAUAGAAGACAAAAUAAUAAAGUUUGAUGAAAAUAGGUUUUUAACAGUUGAUGAAAAUUAUAAGUUCAAUUAAUCAUAAUUAAUUAAUCAGAAGGAUGAAGAAGUUCUAUAGGAUAAUGUUAGAUUAAUCACCAAAGAUUAAUAAGAAAUACUCAUUGAUUAGGACAGAACUAAUGAUGCUAUCGUUAAUAUAGUUUAUACUAAUUCAAAACACACUAUUAAUAAAAAGCAAGAAGAAGAUAUUUAGGAUGAUGUAACAAAACUAUAAAUUGAUCUAUAAGAAGUCAAAAAGUUGUAUCCAAGUUUCAAUUUUAGUAAUCCUAACACAAUGAAAAUUUUAAGUUCCAAUUUAAUUAAAGGAGUCAAAGUAGAGCAAAAUAGUGGAAAUUUAAUUAUUGAUAAAAGUAGGAUUUAAUCUUCUUUCAUAAAUCCUAUCAAUUUAUCAAGAAAUAAAUAAGAAUAAAAUAUUCCUGAAUUUUUUAAAAAAGUGAGACUAACUUAAAGACCUCAUUCCAAUAAUGUAUUGGCAAAAAGAACAUUCUACUAUUAGGGUUAGAAACACUUGAUUGUUAUAUGUUAUGUCAGAAAAAAAAUCAACAAAUUAUUGGUAUAGGAUAGGGAUUGUGUAUUUGAUGAUCAUCAUAGAAUUUUUGAAAUCAAGGCUCAAAUCUUAAAUUUAAAAGAAAGAAUAUAACCAAUAUUCUGGUAUCUGACUCCUGAUGAUGCGUAAAUUCUUACUCAUCAGUCUACCAUAGAAAAUAUCGCAAAUAUCUUAAUACAAUAGAUUUAGAUAGCAAAUAACAAAUUCAUUUAUUUAUGCUUUGAUUAUCAAGACUAGUAAUUAAUAAAGUUAAAAUAUGAAGGAAAUGUAGUCUUUUUUGUGGAAAACUCAAUCAAACCUAUGUAAGCGAAGUUUAAAAAUAGAAUUUUGAAAAACCAUUAUAAUAUAUACAGAGGGACACUGGAGGCUGCAAAAAAGGAUGGAAGUUUGAUUUUGCAUAAGGUUGGUAAUUUGAACACUCUGAAGAGAUUGUUUAUAAUGCUAUUUAUAGAAGGGAAAGAGGCUAUUAUCUAUUUUAAGAUUUAUGAUGUAAGUGAUCAAAUGUAAGAAUUUUGGACUGAAAUCUCAAUUAAGAAAGUAUUUAUUUAAGAUAUUAAUAUAGUAUAUGAGCAUUUAUUUGUAGGAUAAAACUAAGUGUUUAGAAGUUCUAUUAAAUUUUAUUGAAUUUAAAAUAGAAAUUAAUAAAAUCUUGUUUUUGCAUCCCAAACCUGAUAUAGUGGAAGAAUACUUGUUGAAGCAAAGGUAACUAUCCUAUCACAGUUCCUCUGAAUCUGUGAAAAGAUCAAUUAUGUAAAAUCCAGAAGGAAUGGAUUCUCAAUAGAACAACGAUAACAAAAUGCUAAAAUAGUUAGAUGGAUUUCAAUCAGUUAAUUUGAUUAAAUCAUGA